AUGGAGCAGGGCAGGGAGGCCCACUGCUCUACUGAGGAGACCUUCACUGCUGAGUAUAAGAUGAUGAUGACCCUGGGCCAAGGACACUUUUCAGAGGUCAAACUGGCCUUUCAUAUCCCCACUGUACCCUGUGUGGCUGUAAAAAUUCUUAGAAAUCAGAAGUAUGCCUCGCUUAUCAAGAGCAAAAUCAGCAUCAUGAAAUCCCUUGCCCAUCCCAACACAAUUAAAUUGUUGCAUGUGAUCCAGACCAGAGAGACCACCUACCUGGUGAUGGAGCAUGCAUCAGAGGGAGACCUGCUGCAUCACGUCCUGGAACUGGGGUCCUUAGAGGAGAGCAAGGCUCGAAGGCUGUUUACUCAGAUACUGCAUGCAGUGCAGUAUUGCCAUGAUAAAUUUAUCAUCCACAGAGACAUAAAGGCCGAUAACAUCCUCCUCGACCACAGGGGUAAUGCCAAGCUCUGUGAUUUCGGGAUCUCUGCUAAGGUCAUCCCUGGGCAGAAGCUUAGUGGGUUUUGUGGCACUCUAAAUUACUGUGCUCCGGAACUCUUUGGAAAGGAGGCAUAUGAUGGCCGCACCACUGAUAUUUGGAGUUUAGGUGUGCUCCUCUUCUUCAUGGUGACUGGGCGCUUUCCCUUCAAAGCUUACUCUGCUGUGAGGGUGAUACAGCAGAUCCUAACUGCAAACUUCAGGGUGCCUCCCCAUGUUUCCGUUGAUAUUCGAGAUCUCAUCUUGAAACUGCUGAUUAUAAACCCUUACAGGAGGCUCACCAUAGGCCAAAUCAUGAGGCACCCCAUGGUCAGGAACAGUGAGGCUUGUUUACCACCUACUUCCCCACAUCUCUACCAGGCACCCCGAGCCCUGGCAUUGUCAGGGCCAUGA